AUGGCGCAAGGGUACGCCGUCUUCAUCGGCCUCGUCGUCAUCGCCAUUCUGUGUGUCGCGUCUUGGUUCCUGGCGCCCAAGGGCGAGAAUCAAGUACUUUGGCGGUCGUCCCUGAUUCUUUCCAUCGUCAGCUGCUACCUCAUGUGGGCCAUCACCUUUCUCGCCCAGCUCCAUCCUUUGAUUGUACCGAAACGAAGCGACCUGCGAGAACAGUUCCUCGAGCACUAG